GGCCCCGGUGACAUUCCCGGCGCUUCCCGGCCGCUCCGGCUGCUCCCGCGGCUCCGGCUCCUCCGGCCGCCCAUGCCCCGGCCGCUGCCCCCGCCGGGGAGGCCGCGAGGGGCCCAGCCUGGCACAGGCUGCUGCAUUGCUGGAGACCACGUCUAGCUCACCCAGCCUCCUAGACAACGUGCUCAAUGCUUUGAGACUGGAAGGACCUUGCUCUGCAAUGAAGAUGGAGGCAGUAGGAAAAGCAGAAGAACUUGUUGAUUCAGAAACUCCCCCAAAGACUUCUGAAAAGCAAGAGACUGCUCCUGAUGAAGACAGGCCUAUAGAACUUGAGACACAAGCUCAGAAGGACAGUGUGCCCACUGCAGCAGACUCUGCAGUGCUCUCUUCCAUGCCUUGCUUGCUGAUGGAACUGAGGCGGGACUCCUCGGAGUCUCAGCUGGCAUCUACGGAGAGCGACAAGCCAGCAGGUGGCCGAGUUUAUGAGAGUGACUCUUCCAACCACUGCAUGCUUUCCCCUUCCUCCAGUGGGCAUUUGGCCGACUCAGACACGUUGUCUUCCGCAGAGGAGAACGAGCCCUGCCAAGCUGAAGCUGCCGCGGAGGGAGACCCCUCUGCGGUGUCUGGAGCUGCGGUCGGGAGGAAAUCCAGGAGAUCCAGAUCCGAAAGUGAGACUUCAACAAUGGCUGCCAAGAAAAACCGACAGUCCAGCGAUAAGCAGAACGGCCGAGUUGCCAAGGUGAAGGGUCACCGGAGCCAAAAGCACAAAGAGAGGAUCCGGCUCCUGAGGCAGAAGCGGGAGGCGGCUGCUCGCAAGAAGUACAACCUGCUGCAGGACAGCAGUACCAGCGACAGUGACCUGACCUGUGACUCCAGCACGAGCUCGUCAGACGACGACGAAGAGGUUUCAGGGAGCAGCAAGACAAUCACUGCAGAGAUACCAGCUGGCUUCAGUCGUGCUGGGGGAUCUGGAGGAGCGACCAGGGAAAUUCCAGGAUUGCUUGACAGGGGCACCGUGUGGGAUAGGAACUGCAUAGGCAAUGUCCUGGAAGAGGCCAUGAACUGCUUUGCCGAGAUGCAGAGGCAGACAGAGGAGAAAUUCCGCAUGUGGAUAGAAAAGCUAACCCAUCUUGACACGGACGAAGAAAGCAAGCAGCAACUGGAGCCCAGGGAACCUAAAAUCCAACUAGUUGGCCAAAGAAUCCCCCCUACCACGCAGUCAGGGGCUUUUGUGCAGAUGCCUGAUAGCCAAGCCCUUCCUCAGCAGCCGUUUAACUCGUACGCGGGCUAUCAAAAUGCCGAUGCCGCCCUAGAGUUUCCAGUGACUUUUAAUAACAACUUUCCACCUCUCUUCCCAGAGAAUGGGAAUGUGGCAGAGCCUGAUCUGAAUAAAUCAUAAACUUUUAAAAAAAAAAAAAUUAAAAAAAAAAUCUGAUUUUGCAAGCUUGGUGUUAUUUUGGAUUCUGCUAAAAACGAGGUUUGCUUUUCUCUUUGUAUGUGUUUGUUUUGUUUUCUUUUUUGGGUUUUAUUACCAUGAUAUUGUUUGUUUUUCUUAAUUUAUAGUGAAUAUAUGUAGUUAAAAAAAAUCACAGUACACCCACCUGCAUGUGCCAGUACACACAUACAAAAAACACCUUUAAAGGUGUAUGUGGGGAUCCACCCUAAGCUUUCAUCACCAAACUUGGGAAAAUAUAACUUAGAGUCCAUGUCUAGAUACCCCAAAAGCAGCAGGGCUGUGUUUGCUACAAUAGGAGCAUUCAGGGUAUUCAUCCAGAUGCCCUUUUUUGCAUGUUAAAACAUUUAUAUAAGGAAACAAGUUUUAUAUUUAAAGAGAUAAUGCACCCUAGAGAUGCAGACUAGAUACAGGCCCAUGACAUUUCCUUGACUGUUUACUCUCAAGUUUUGCAGCUUGACCAUGCCACACGUUAACUUCUUCAUUUGUAGGCAGAAUGAGUAAAUAAGCUUACCCUAAAAAUUUAGCUGUCUAUAACAAGCGUGCACAGCAGAUUUAAUUCCUUUUUGUCUCCCAUUCAGCAGCUCAGUCCCUGUCCAGGGUUUUUAUCUGUGUCACUGCUGUGUUGCACCUGGAAUAUUUAUGGAGGCUGCUGCCUUACCCUGUGUGCACACACACACAGGAGUCUCUCUGUGCUCCAUUUGGGUGCAGGUCAUCUCCACCAAUUCCAGGUGCUCUGCUCUUCCCUGGGUCUCAGUGGGAAGAGAUAAGCCUCACCGAGGAUGCCUCCAGGCAGUGUCUUUCUCUCCCAUGAGCUGUCCCUGCCCUGGCUUAUCAGCAGUCCCUAAGAGAUAACUGUGGGGUGAGAUGAGUCACCCCAACCUGUGCACGCAGAGCAGCUCCUGCUUCCUCCUGUAAAUGCAGCCCAGCCACAUCCUUCACGCUGGAAUAAAAACAAUCCUGUCUGCCCUCAGAUAAGCAACCAUCAGGGGAUGGGUUGAGCCUUGGCACAGGAAUGUAAAGGAAGGCUUGAUAAGUGAGCACCGUGGUGGUCUGAUAGCUGCUGGCCUGGGUCAGACCAGACCACGCCUGAGCACCACUGAAAUCAUUCUUUACUUGUGAUGGGGAAUGCCACAGCAUCAGGUCCAUUUAAGUAAGGCAAAAAAUUUACUGUUUUGUGGGUUCUUUUUUUUGUACUAAUAGUUGUCCUGAAUAGGCAGGCUUGAAACUGUGGUGUUUAAAAUAGGAUUAAUUUAAACUAUGUAUUAGAAAUAUUUAAUUCUUAGUGUUAUUGCUACACACAGGGAUUUUUGGGUCACCUCUCCAAUAAGGCCUUCCUUCAUGGGAAGUGACUUCUCUGUAGCUACCAAAAAAUGUAUAUUUUUAAUCAGGUAGAACUUGAUAGAUGUUUCUAAUGAAAAUGAAAUCAAAAUUUUUACAAUGGAAAAUGAAAGCAUGCAGUUUAAGUAACGAAAAUACUUAGGUCCCCUUUAGCUCAGUUACUCUGCUUUUUAAACCACAGUCAUUUCUUCCCUAAUUAUUUUAGUUUACUUUCUUUUCCUCCUGUUGGGAGUAACCACAGUAUCUUCUGUAGGUCAGGUUUUUUUACCCUCCCUGAAGUCAUUGGGAGUUUUUCCAUCAAUUUCUGUGACAGUUUGGAUCAAACCUGUAACAGGAACUCAAGAAAUACUUUUUGUUAUCAGCAUAAUAUCUACCCUGGUAUUUUAACAUUAUUCUUGUCCUAGACUGACUUUUAAAAAAAAUAUAUGAUGCCUUCAUUAAAAAAAAUAGGUUAAAGACCUGUGUUAUUUUCAGAGUAUCUGUGUGAAAGACUAUGCAGGAGAUAAUUUUUAAUUACUGGAAUAAAGUCUUUUCAGAUCACCUUCAUGCGUUUUGAUACAAAGAUUUUGAUAUGAACUGGUUAGUAAACUCCCUUGUCUGAAAUUGUGUGCAUUUCAGGUAGAAGUUAAACAAGUUGUUCUAUGUUUGACUGCAAUUUAAAACCUUAUCCUUAUCUGUUAAAAAAGAUAUUUCAGGGAAGAGUAUUGGCUGAUAAAACAACCCCCACCAAAAUGGAUCCUUCUGGUGUUCAUAGAUUAUAUAUAUAUAUAUAAAAUAUAUAAGAUUGUAUAUAUAUAUAUAUAUAUAUAUAAAUCUCUUUAUAAAGAUAAAAAGAGCAGAAUAUUUUAAAGCAUGACAACUUUACAAAUCUUCCCGUGCAUGCAGAAGCAGCUUUUUGCAGUGACUGGUUUAUUUUAGUGUGUAUGUCUGUAAGCAUGCCCAUAGUAUUUUUUGUAAAAUAGUAUAAAUGGAACAAUUAGGUAUUUCAGAACAAAUUGUAAGGAGUUCAGUUGAACUUAUUUGUGUCUCAGACUGAAACACCUUUAUAUAUGAAUCUCAUAAACAGAUAAUAACUUAAUUACAUAUGUAGCCAGUGAAAUUUCUGCAAAUUUUCAAUGUGUUGGUCAGAUAGACCUUAAAAAAGAAAAAAAAAAGAAAAAAAAGUGAAAUAAUUCAGUGUAUGAAUAGAUAAAAAUUUGUGUUUGAUUACUGGAGGCAAAUAUUUAAACAUUUUAUUUUUUCCAUCGCUGCUAACUUAUUUUCAAUGCAAACAGCUGUGAACACAAAAGAACAAGCAGAGAAUGACAGAAGUUGAACGUACAGACUUUAAAGCUGUACUCUUUCUAGGAUAAAAUUAUCUCAAGGCUUCCAGAAGACUGAGGGAAUAGUUCCUAUUAGGUAUAACUUUAACUUAAUUUCCCCACAAAGCUACCUAGUUGAAGGCUAAAAACACUUGUGCAAGGUCAGUGACUGUAAAUUGUUUUGUAAAUGGUAAAUAAUGUUUCCUCACUCUUUCCACUUGGCUCAAACCAGAGCCAAAUCUUUGGGUGUGACACAAACCCUCUCCUUUGAAAUGAAAGUGUGCUGAUGUGCACAGCUGGGUACUGCUCCAUGAGCAGGUUUUCCACAUGGGGAAGUGUUUUUGGUCUGAAAAUGAGAGGGGAGCCCCACCUUUCUGUAGUUCAGGUGUAGCAUUGCCUGCCCGGUGUAGGAUUUGCCCAUAAACAGGAGCAUUUUUCCUCUUGCUCUGUAUUCUGAAUCCAGGAGGUGCAGAGCCCUGAAGGAACCAACCUCCAGAUACCAAUACUAGUGAUGAGUCUGUGUUUUAACCGUGUGUGACACUCUUUGGCAUCUUUUUGAGAAAACAGGUUCCCAACACAUAGUUUCAGAUUUUAUAUUUUUCGCCUCCUGGGAAUAUUUUCACUAUAUUUUUAUGGCAUGGCUGCAUUUGAGUUUGUCAUGAUUUCCAUUAUAAGCUCUUAUUUUCAAAGGGCUUCGACUAGAAACCCUCAGGGAGUUAAAAUUUCUUCAGAUGAAAUUUUAACAUAAAUUUUUAUCUUACCCAUUCUGUAUCUCAUGGAAACAGUCUGACUUAUCUAAGACUACUUUAGGACUAUUGGAAGAAAGCUCAUCUACUUUUCAACCCUGAGUUACAUUUUGAAUGUAUGUUUAUGCUGACAUCUCAUCAAAGUACUUCAAAACCACCACAUUUAACAAGUAGGGGAGAAAUCAGUAGGAGUUUUCAAGAGACAUCGAGAACCACAGAUAAUUUAGUGUUUCUCUAAUUGCCCCAGGAUUUAUACUUCAGAAUGGUGUGAAGAAACAUUUUAGUUCCUUUAAGGAAUUUUGCUUAUGGUGUUGGACCCACAUUAUAGCUUGAAAAGGUCAGAUGCAUCUAGUCAGGUGAGCUGGUGUAGACUGGUGUAAUUCCAGGGAUGGUUGUGCCAGUUUAAACCUAACUGGCCUGUUCACAGAAUCAUGGAAUGGUUUGGGUUGGAAGGGACCUUAAAGCUCAUCCAGUGCCACCCCUGCCAUGGGCAGGGACACAUUCCGCUGUCCCAGGCUGCUCCAAGCCCCAUCCUGCCAGGGGUGGGGCAGCCACAGCUCCUCUGGUUCAGGCUCCUAUAUUAUCACUUUAAAUAUUGAAUUAUGUGUUUUUAAUAUGGCAGCUGUUCCAGCCUGGGAGCAGUGGAGCACCUGCACAACCCUGGAGUUGGAAUUUAGCAGCAGGUGAAACACAGUGGUUUUGGUUUUAUGUUUUUUUGUGCAAGUGCACAAGAAGUAAGCCUUUAUAUAAGGGCUCAGUUUAAAUUUCACUAAAUGUCAAACUGACAUUGCAGUAAAAGGAUUUCCUUCUAGGAUCAGUCCCUUUUUAGGAGUUCCUGGAAGUCCAGGGGCUUCAGCAUGCAGUGUUUUUGCAGGCUUGCCUGCAGGUUCUUCCCAAGGCAUUCAUGCUCCUUUCAGUGGGGUUUGGUGAGGAAGGUCUUUAGGGAUAAAUAUCUGAAUGGUCAGGUUUUAUUUAGGGAAAAAAAAAUUAACAUACAACAUAAACUCAAGGCAAUGAAACUUUUUUCAGAUUUUCUAUUGCAAAAAUAACAGUGCAGGGAAAAAAAGAGUCAAAAUGUGAAACUUUCAGUGUCAUUUUUAACAGUACUAGGACGAAAUAAUUCAGGCAGAAAUACACAUCUAUUUUUUUAAGCAUAGUGUCUUUUAGUGUUUGUGCAGGAUUGUUCGGUUAUUUUAUCUGAGCUGCUAGGUUAAAGACUGAAAAACCAAUCUUAACUUCAAUGAAACGGGAUUAUAUUUGGCAGUUAUGUUACAAAUUGGAACAUGUUUAUUAUAACAGUUUUCUCUUUUAAUAUAUUUUAUCUCUUUCUGUAUCCACCUGCUGUAUGUGGAUAAAUUUAUAAAUCAUAUUUCAAGGGCAUUAAGAAAUUAAACUUUAGCCCCAUUGAUAGUAGUAGAAAUUUUCUACUGGUUUUAAUGGGGCUGGCAUUUAAUCUCAUUAAAAAUUGAAUUUACUUUGCGUUUUUUUGUCCAGAGAAUCCAGCUGACCUUGGGGCGAGCCUUUGCCUGGUGGGGUGUGUAAUUCAGGCCAGUUGGGUAUAAAUGUUUUUAAAACAAUGGGGGUCUGCACUGUGACCACUGCAGUUACAUGUGUUAGAACAAAUGCACUGUGUGAUUUGUGCUGUAGAAGCCAAAAUAAUCAGGCUGAUUGAUAGAGAUGGACAGUACCUUGCAAAAGAUGAAGCCAGAAGUUGGUAUUUCUCACAAAUUUCAUUAGUCUCUUGGUGUUAGGUCAGCAAAAUGAAGGCACAUGGAAAAACAGGCUUAUUAGCAGGAUUUCAAGUGCAGAGCGAUGGAGCAGGGGAUUAGUCUGGGCCAUCAGACUGUAUCAGCCCUUCCAUGGAAAGGUGCAGUUUGUGCUGGGGAAAGUGUGAUGUUUUCUGCAGGGGUGCAUGUUUUGUGUCUUUUCCUAAUGGAAGUUGUGUUAAAACAGGGAAUUAUUUACUUCUGUUAACCAUCAUGGUUAUGUAAGGAUGUGAUGGUUUCCAAAACCCUCCUGAGACACUUCUCUAAGUAAAACUGGGGAAGAGACCUGGUUGAUAUGCCUGCUACCAUAAUUAUUGCAUUGUUAGGCAGCAUCACAGAAAAUAACUCCUGUAAUGAGAUACAAAGUGAAUUCCACUUUCCAGUAUUCUCAAUCCAUAGCCAUAUUCCAUGUGCCUUUGCUUAACGCUCAGUGAAAAGUGCUUUGUUAUCUUCAGUCAUAAUUUGCUAAAUUAAAUCCAAGAUAUUUUCCAUCCAGUCAUCAAAAAGCCUGAAAGUAUGAAUGUUGUUCAGCAAGACUUGAAUUUUUGGGAUUUCUUUUCUUGUGCUAUAAAAAAAAGUAUCCAGUCUGAGAACAGAUAAUAAUUUGAUCAUGCUGUUUUGAUUUUAUUUUAUCAUUAUGGUUUAAAGAAAUACCAAACAGAAAAGCUUUACUGUGUGAAACAAAGGAAAGUGUCAGGAAAGUGGAUUCACUGAUAAAGUUCACUUUAUGAUUUUUGAGAGAAUGUUGUUACACUGCUAUUGUUUUUUAUUGUAUUUACAAUGUAUUAUUUGCUUAACCCUGUAUAUUUUGAAAUGUAACUACUCUAACCUGGAAUAAAUAAAUAAACCUAAAUAGCAA